UCUGUCUGCAGCAGCAGGAGCCAAGGCUUUAAUGGAGAAGGGCUCCACCGGGGAGAGCAAGACAGGUGCAAGGCCACAUCCUUCCCAUAUAUAAGAGACGGAGAGAGGGGGAGUGUCAGCUGUACCAGGAAACCUUGAAUCUGCUCAGGACACACAUGCAGAACAUGGAAGAUGACUUUCGGCCGCAGGUGAAGAAGGUGGCUGUAGCCAUGGGCGCUUCACUCACAGAGCAGGACAUCGACCGCAUGCCAAGGGGGAUGACAACGCAGGGAAACUUCAACUACAGCAGGUUUCUGGAGUACAUGAGGCAGUUCAAGACCUCAGAGCAAAGAGAGGAGGCCAUCAGGAAGGCCUUCAUGAUGCUCGACAAAGACGGCAGCGGCUACAUAGAGUGGAACGAGAUAAAGUACAUUCUGUCGACUGUACCGACUGCAACCCCGUCAGCUCCUCUCUCUGAUGAGGAGGCGGAGGCCAUGAUCCAGGCAGUUGACACUGAUGGAGACGGACGCAUCAACUACAGAGAGUUCUCAGACAUGGUGAAGACGGAGAAGAAACCUAGGAAGUAGAGGUCACGUGGUGAAUCUGUGCUCCAGAGUGUUACUACAGAGAGAGUGGGAAAGAUAGGAGGAGAUCCUCCUCCUGUGGAUCAGGAAUUGAGGGAGUGUGAGGAGUGUUAUUAUCAGUUCAGUUUGCUAAAUUAAAAAAAGAACAAAAUAUAGGAUUUGUGGAAAACUGAAGUCGUUUAAAACAUGGUCACUUUAUGAGCUGGCCACCCUCUGUCCAAAACUAAUAAUUAACCUUGAUCUGAGUGUGUUUGUCUGCUAAAAUGAGUAUUAAAAAGUGCAAGCUCACUGUAAAUUGUCACCACGACACCACACUGGUUUAAAACAGAAACACAAAUAGAAAUUCAGAAAUACCUGUCUUCACCUUUUGCACGGUGUGCACUCUUGUUUCCUAUUGGACAUGGUGAAGAUUUGGUGACGCUUUAUUUCACGAGUCUAUCAUUUCCUAAUAAUUUACUUGCGAGUUAAAUUUGCGACUAAAACAAAAUUUAAAGUAACCUUAGAAAACAGAAAUUGUGACAAAAUGUAAAACAUUUGUAGCUUCUCCUCUCUAUUAAAACCCAGACGAACCGUAUUUUAGUGAACAGGUGAGUGAAUGCAGCUUCUGAAUGACUUUCUGCUCUGCAGUGGAGACAACAGGUGAUGCGGUGAUGCUGUGGGUGAGAGAGCGGCUCUGUUCAAACAGCCAGAGUUUGGAAAUGAUAAUUGGAUUUACUGAGUGAGUCUGUUGUGUUACUGUAGAGCAGAGUGACAUGGACAUGUGUGUGAACAAGAAAACAGUGCCUUUUCCACUAACCUGGCGAUAGACGAGAUGACACAUGUAACCAUGGUAACUGUACACAACAAAGACGGCGACAGCUGUAGCCUCAAAAUGUUAAGAAAACAAAAAACUUUGUGUAUGACAAAAAUGAGACUUAAAUCAAAGAAAAAAAUCUAAUGACUAAAAUUUGACUAAAACUAAUAAACAUUUUUGUCAAGACUAAGACUAAAACUAAAUCAAAAUGCAGUUAAGCCGAAUUCUUUGGCUCCUCCUUAAAUGUGACAAAAUAGCUGAGGUAUAUUUGGUUCUUCAACCCCCAAAUGUGCCAGUUACCACGGCAAGUGUAAAAAGCUGUACAUUAGCCGACCUGCUCUUUCCACACAGAAUAUUAUAACAGUUGAAAUAAAGUGAAUUGAAAAUGUU